AUGAAGGAAAAAACAAUAACUGAGAGUAGUAACGAAAGUGAACAUAGUGUCUGGACUGGGGAUAUUGGUAAUAUUGGUGAAGAUGGUUUCUAUUCUCAUAUUGGUGAUGAUUCUUUUGAUAUUUGUGAAGAAUGUAAUGAUGAUGCUGAUGAUUCUAACAGUAAUAAUUUAAAUGAAGUUGGCGAUAACUUUGAAUUUGAUGAUGAUAAUAAUAAUGAUGAUAAUGGUGAUGAUGAUGAUGAUGAUGAUGAUGAUACUGAAGAUGGUAAUGAUGGUGAUGACGAUGAUGAUGAUGAUGAUGUUGAUGAUGAGGACGACGAAGAUGAUUCCGAUGAUUCUAAUUAUGAGAGUGGGAUUUCUAGUGAUAACGAUUAUGAUGACGUUCAUGAUGGUUCUAAUAAUAAUGGUGAUAAAUAUAGUGGGCAAUGUUGA